AUGGCGGCUGCUUCUCCAUCAAACUGCAGGCGACUGGUGUGGGUCUGCUUUGUGCUGGGAGCCCUGUGGGAAGUGCGGGCCCAGCAGAUCCGCUACACGGUGCGGGAGGAGCUGGAAGAAGGCUCUGCGGUGGGCGACUUGGCCCGGGACCUGGGGCUGGAGCCGCGGGAGCUGGCGGAGCGCGGCGUGCGCAUCGUGUCCAGAGGGAAGGCGCAGCUCUUCGCGCUGAGCCCGCGGGGCGGCGGCCUGGUCACCGCGGGCAGGAUCGACCGCGAGCAGCUCUGCCACACAUCUGCCCAGUGUGUGGCACACUUGGAGAUCCUCCUAGAGGACAAGGUGAGCAUUGUGGGAAUCGAGGUGGAAAUAACCGAUGUGAAUGACAAUGCGCCCAGCUUUGCAACAGAGCAGUGGGAAAUAAAAGUUCUUGAAAAUGAAAAUCCUGGGACGAGAUUUCCGCUCCCUGAAGCUUUCGAUCCGGACAUAGGGCUGAAUUCUCUGCAGGGUUACCAGCUCAGCUCCAAUGCUCACUUCUCCCUGGACGUGCAGAGAGGACCUGAUGGGGUGCAGUAUCCGGAGCUGGUGCUAGAACGCGCCCUAGACCGUGAGGAAGAGCCAGUUCACCACCUGGUUCUCACUGCCUAUGAUGGAGGCGACCCUGUGCGCUCGGGCACUGCCAGGAUUCACAUCACACUCCUGGACAGCAACGAUAACGCUCCCGCAUUCACCCAGCCAGAGUACCACGUCAGUGUGCGGGAGAAUGUGCCCGUGGGCACCCAGCUGCUCACCAUCAAAGCCACCGAUCCAGAUGAGGGGACCAAUGGAGAAGUGACAUAUUCCUUCCGCAAAGUCAGAGACAAGAUAUCCCAGCUGUUCCAGUUGGAUUCUGUCAGUGGGGUCAUCACAAUAUUAGGAGAUCUGGAUUAUGAAGAGAAUGGAUUCUACAAUAUCGAUGUAGAAGCCCGUGAUGGUCCUGGUCUUCGAGCCCGAAGUAAGGUGCUCGUGACAAUCGUGGAUGUAAAUGACAAUGCUCCAGAAGUCACAGUUACCUCGCUCACCAGCUCCAUCCAAGAGCCUUCUUCCCCAGGAACUGUCAUAGCUCUUUUCAACGUUCAUGACAGCGACUCUGGAGAGAAUGGCCUCGUCACAUGUUCCAUUCCAGAUCAUCUUCCAUUUAGACUGGAAAAGACCUAUGGAAAUUAUUACCAGUUGUUGACACACAGAACUCUGGACAGAGAGGAAGUCUCAGAAUAUGACAUCCUGGUUACUGCCACUGACCAGGGAACACCUCCCCUGUCUACAGAGAUACAUAUUGCAUUGCAGGUGACAGACAUCAAUGACAACCCACCCACCUUCACUCACGCCUCCUACUCUGCCUACAUUCCAGAAAAUAACCCAAGAGGAGCGUCCAUCUUAGGCAUGACAGCCCAGGACCCUGACAGCGGGGACAACGCCCAAGUAACCUACUCUCUCACAGAGGACACCAUCCAGGGAGCGCAUCUGUCCUCCUACAUCUCCAUCAACUCCAACACGGGAGUCCUGUAUGCUCUUCGUUCCUUUGAUUAUGAGCAGUUCCAAGACUUGCGGCUGCUUGUGAUCGCCAGCGACGGUGGACAGCCACCCCUCAGCAGCAACGUGUCCCUGAGCCUGUUCGUGCUGGACCAGAAUGAUAACGCACCUGAGAUCCUCUACCCCACCCUCCCCAUGGAUGGUUCCACGGGUGUGGAGCUGACGCCUCGCUCUGCAGAGCCAGGAUACUUGGUGACCAAGGUGGUGGCAGUGGACAAAGACUCAGGACAGAAUGCCUGGCUGUCCUACCGCCUGCUCAAGGCCAGUGAGCCGGGGCUCUUCACGGUGGGGCUGCACACGGGUGAGGUGCGCACGGCACGGGCCCUGCUGGACAGAGACGCGCUCAAGCAGAGCCUCGUGGUGGCGGUGCAGGACCACGGCCAGCCGCCCCUCUCGGCCACCGUCACGCUCACCAUCGCCGUGGCUGACAGCAUCCCGGAGGUCCUGGCAGAUCUGAGCAGCAUCCACACUGCCCCUGACACAGAGGACUCCGACCUCACGCUGUACUUAGUGGUGGCAGUGGCCGUGGUCUCCUGUGUCUUUCUGGCAUUUGUCAUCGUGCUGCUGGCCCUGAGUCUGAGACGCUGGCACACGAGCCGUCCGUCUCCAACAGCACACAGUGGGCUGGCAGGUCUACCUGCUUCACACUUGGUGGGUGUGGAUGGGGUGCACGCUUUCCUGCAGACCUAUUCCCAUGAGGUGUCGCUCAGCGACUCGGGGAAGAGCCACCUGAUCUUCCCGCAGCCCAACUAUGCGGACACGCUCCUCAGCCAGGAGAGCUGUGCCAAAAGCGAGCCUCUCCUGCUACCCCAGGAUUUCCCUGUGUCACAAGGAGACCCCAGCCACCUUCCGGUGGAUGCCCGGGGUGCCGGUGGGGUGCAGGUGAGCGCCCGGACGGGGCGGGACGCCGGCCUGGUGCGACGCCGUCGUCGGUGCUGUGAGGAGACUCGGCAUGCGCACGUGCUGCUUCGCCAGGCCGAGACCCUCGGCGCCCUCUACCCGGAGGCCUUGGGCCUGCGGGCCCUGAGGGGGCCUUUCCCGACACCGGCGCGGGUACUGGAGUGCCGGCGCGGCUUCAUCUGGGACCCGCGAUUGCUCAGCGUUCCACCGCGAACACAUCGGCCCUGGGAAGACCAGGACCCCAGGGCUCCUCGGCCUCCAGCAGGAGCCGCCAAGGUCAGGCUGCCGCGCAGCGGGGCUGUCAUGGCGGCUGCUUCUCCAUCAGACUGCAGGCGACUGGUGUGGAUGUGCUUUGUGCUGGGAGCCCUGUGGGAAGUGCGGGCCCAGCAGAUCCGCUACACGGUGCGGGAGGAGCUGGAAAAAGGCUCUGCCGUGGGCAACCUGGCCCGGGACCUAGGGCUGGAGCCGCGGGAGCUGGCGGAGUGCGGCAUGCGCAUCGUGUCCAGAGGGAAGGCGCAGCUCUUCGCGCUGAGCCCGCGGGACGGUGGCCUGGUCACCGCGGGCAGGAUCGACCCGAGCAGCUCUGCCACACAUCUGCCCAGUGGUUACCAGCUCAGCUCCAAUGCUCACUUCUCCCUGGACAUGCAGAGAGGACCGGAGGGGGUGCAGUAUCCCGAGCUGGUGCUAGAACGAGCCCUAGACCGUGAGGAAGAGCCAGUUCACCACCUGGUUCUCACUGCCUACUAUGGAGGCGACCCCAUUACCUCGGGCACUGCCAGGAUUCACAUCACACUCCUGGACAUCAACGAUAAUGCUCCUGCAUUCACCCAGCCAGAGUACCACGUCAGUGUGUGGGAGAAUUUGCCCGUGGGCACGCAGCUGCUCACCAUCAAAGCCACUGAUCCGGAUGAGUGGAUCAUUGGAGAAGUGACAUAUUCCUUCCGGAAUGACCGAGACAAGCUAUCCCAGCUGUUCCAGUUGGAUUCUGGUGAGAAUAUCUGUUGA